UCGACUGAGCGAGCCAUCUGCUGCGCUGCAGUCGAGGCUGCGCGGCUGCCAACGCGCCUUGUCGCGAAAGGUGCUUCUGCCUUUGCGACAGAAGGCUACGCCUCAGGCGGGCCCCGGACGUGCGUCCGAGAGCCACGACGCGCGCGAGGCCAUCUGAGCGCGGCUCCUGCGCUGCUCAUGCCCGCGGUGCGCCGGCGAGGGUGCAACUUGCUUGCCUCAGCCGAACGUAGGUCAAGCAGAGUCGGCCUUUUCGGGUGCUCGCGCGUGCGUGGCGCUGAGCUCUUUGCUCGGCACGAUGCGCGACGCACCGCGCACGAGCGCGUCCGGCCAGGUCUCGAAGCACGCGAGGUGCGAGAGCGGCACGGGACGGAACGGCGGCUCUGAGCGCUGCGAAAAAUCGAGAGAUGAUCCACAGGCUUGGCGAUGGCCGACGACGAGCGGUGCGCGUGUCUGGCGACGUCUAGCGCGGCGGGCGAUGCCGCCUGCGCCGCGCGGCCGAGGUGCUCGUGCGAUACCCGCCUGGCCGGGCGUUGCCGAGUCGGCGAAAGCCAGCGCUACCGCGAAGUCAUGUCGUGCUGGCGCAAAGCCCAGUCACGACGCUCGUGUGAAGCCGUGUGCGCGUCGAGGUGCCAGCAGGCCGCCUUCACGGCGCGACGCUGAUGCGGGGAUCCGAACGGGAGGGACGAGAACGCGGACGGGCGGGGCGCGUAAUGCUGACCAUGGUGAAGAGAGAAGCGAGACUUGAGGUGUGUGCUUGUGACGACGAGAGGAAGAGACGGCGAGGGUGAUGCGCGUGGCUUGACGAGGGAUGCGAUGGAGGACGGUCGUGGUGCGCAGCAGAGAAGCAAGGGGCUGCGACGCG